AUGGGAAAUUCCUGUUUAAAUUCGGAACUACGUCGGGGGGAAACCACGCCCGAGGGAAACCACACUCGCAACCCCAGCGAAGAGACGACGAUGAAGCCUUCCCUGCUGCUCGUCGCUCUGGUCUGCGUCGGAGCCUCCUGGGCUCAGCCUCCAUCGGGACCUGGAGUCGGAGGCAGACCUGGACUCCCUCCAUUUUAUGGACCGCCUCAAUAUCCGGGACAGCAAGACGAUGGCGGAUGGGGAGGAAUGGGGGACUUGGGGGCACUAUUCAAGAACAAUACCGUUCGGGGGAACCUUGAAAGGAUCUGGGGAGAGUUACGGGGGCACCUCAUGGGAUUCGGGAUGGCGAACGGGAUCGUGGAGGCUUUUGUGGCACAGAAUCCCUGGAGUUGGGACUCCGGCACGGUGAACGCCUUCGCGAACGGGGUCUUCCUUCUUCCUUUGGGGCCGCCCGAGCUUCGCACUUCGGCCCGGAAUAGCCUGUAUUCGAACGCCACCACUAAAGAUAACAUCGACAAGGCCAUCGCUGCAUUCCAGGGCAUGGCCAUGGUUCUUCCCGUUGACUCUGUCGCUGGCAGAUGGGUGAAUAAUAUCGUGCACGAACUGCGGACGAGCAAGAGCGUGACCGAGAUCAUGGUUCAGACGCUGAAGCCAGGACAAAGCCUGCAAGACUACCAGCAGAAGCGGGAUACAGCACUUACCCAGCUCACGAAGAGUCAAGGAAUCGAAGUCAUUCGCGUAUUCCAUUCCUACGCGUCGGUUCCCGUGCCCGACGCGAGAGAGGUUUUCUUCGGGAUGCUGCGUUGGGACUCCAAGAAAUCCGUGGACGACCGCAACUCCAUUGCGUUGAAUUCGCCCACGCCGGAAUUGCGGGCUUUCCUGGCCACCUUCGAUUCUAAAGCUUACGUCCAGGUGCGGCAGAUCGAGGGACCGUACUUCGACCUAGCCACCGUGGCAAGAGACGGUCAGGUCGUGGUAGUGGCCAUCAGACAGGUCAAUAAGGCCGACGAAGCUCAAUUCCAGCUCCUCCGCAGACGAUACGAGAAUCUUCUCGCUUCCCAAGACGGAGUCCUCGGAAUUUACGAGUUCGAAGUCGUGAGCGACAGCCUGCUGCCUAGCAACGCGAAUCCGAACUCGAAGAACCUAAAGGUGGGGAUCGUGGUCGCACAGAGUAAGGACAAGUGGCAGUCGGCCGUGAACGCCUUGAGCUGGGAUCCCUUGACCGCGGCUUACUUCGCCACCUUCACUUCGUUGGCCUAUCAGUAUGGCGUUGCCGUGUGAAGCAGUGUUGGAGUCAUUGAGUCUUUCUUCUACAGCUGAAUAAAAUACAGUUUUCAUGAGAGCA